AUGGUCACGCUCCCAUUCCGCGAUCCUGGUCACGUUGACCUGGGUCACUCGAGGGCUACCGCUCUCGCUCAGUUCCUGAGAAACGAGAGCCGUUUAAAGAGGAACGACUCUCUGAAGGAACAAUAUGACUCCGUUAUUCGAGAGUAUCUGGAUUUGGGUCACAUGACUCAAGUCCCCCCAUCCAGUUCCGGCAACUAUUAUUUGCCACAUCACGCUGUUCUCAAGCCCGACAGCACCACCACAAAGCUCCGCGUUGUAUUCAACGCCUCCAGCCCGACUUCAAACGGGAAGAGUCUGAACGACAUCCUCCACACUGGGCCAAUCCUUCAGUCCGACCUGACCAUUCAAAUCCUGAAAUGGAGGUUUUCAAACGAGAAGUUAUGCGACUUUGAACUCAACACAGUCACCUUUGGAGUGAACUGUGCUCCGUACCUGGCUAUCCGCGUUCUGCAUCAGCUUGCGAGUGAUGUUCGCGACCGGUACCCCCUUGCUAGUGACAUCAUCGCCAAUUAUAUGUACGUUGAUGACGUCCUAGCAGGAGCUCACACUAAGCAGGCUGCGGUGUCUGCUAUAGAUGAGCUUCGAACAGCGCUCGAGAGUGCUGGGUUCCCUUUGCGUAAGUGGACCUCGAACUCGAAAGAUGUGCUGAGAAGAAUCCCUAAGGAUCACUUGCUUUGUGCAGACUUCCUCGAGAUCGACGAAGCUAGCGUCGCAAAGACGCUAGGCAUUCGUUGGCGGGCCACGUCCGACGAGUUCUUUUUCGUCACCGCCGAGAUGGUGUCCAAACCAUCUUUCAGUAAGAGAGAAGUGCUGUCGCAGAUCGCCAAGUUGUUCGAUCCUGCAGGUUGGCUUGCUCCUGUGGUCAUUUGGGCCAAGAUUUUUAUGCAAGAAAUCUGGAAGCAAGAAGUCGGCUGGGACGACUCCUUACCGGCGGAUCUCACAGAGCAGUGGAUCAGUUUUCUGCGGAACUAUUCGUCCUUGCAGGACAUCCGCAUUCCUAGAUGGACCAACUACGCUCCCGGCGCAAAAAUCCAAUUCCACGGGUUUUGCGACGCCUCUCAAAGCGCGUAUGGAGCCGCUCUUUACGCACGUGUGGAAACAGAUUCCACUAUCGUUCUGGCAUGGUUGGACAAGCAGCCAUGCAAGUGGACCACUUUCGUGGCGAACCGAGUGGCCAAGAUUCACUCGGUGAAUGGCACUUGGCAGCAUGUUCGUUCCGAACACAAUCCAGCCGACCUGGCAAGCCGCGGUGUCUCGCCGCAAGAGCUACUGGGCAGUCGCCUUUGGUGGCAGGGGCCUGAAUGGCUGACGCACUCACCAGCGCAGUGGCCUUCACCGGUCAUUGGGCUCGAUACUGAAUUGGAGUGUCGAGCGGUGAAGGUCCAUGCAGCGCAAGUCCUGUGUGAGGACUUCCUCGACCGUUUCUCCAGGUUCGAUCGAGCGCUCCGAGUGUUUGCGUAUGUGCGAAGGUUUGCCCAGCGUUGCCGCCAACCCAAGGUCUCGCUUCCAGAGACGCUCAGCUCUCAAGAGCUUGCAGAAGCUCAAGAGAGGCUGAUUGUACAGGCUCAGAAUCGGGUAUACGCGAAAGAGUGUGCUUCCCUCCGGUCCCAUAAUCGUCUAAUCGGGUCAAGCGAUAUCCUAAGCUUGAAUCCGUUCCUUGACAAGCAAGGUGUCCUGCGUUCGUGUGGACGCGUAAGAGCGUCCACCUCCUUAUCCUACGACGAACGGCAUCCAAUAAUUCUCCCGUUCGGCUGCGUGUUCUCACGCCUCCUGGUUUCCUUCACGCAUCAAGUCUCCCUCCAUGGAGGCAACCAAUUGGUGAUGCGGCUGGUCCGAACCAAGUUCUGGAUUCCCAAGCUAAGGAACUUGGUGAAGACAGUGAUUAGUGCAUGCAAGACCUGUGUGAUUCAUCGCCGCAAGCUCCAGUCGCAGUUGAUGGGUGAUCUCCCAAGCGCCCGGUCGACUUUUCGCGACCUUUCGCUAACUCCGGACACGAAGGCAAUCCACCUUGAGGCGACCACGGAUCUGACAGCGGAAAAGUUCUUGGAAGCUUUCUCCCGAUUCGUGGCACGGCGCGGGUGCCCUCUCCACAUGUACUCUGACAACGGGAAAACGUUCGUCGGAGCCUCCUCCAUUCUCUCCAAAGAAUUUGUGGAGAGCACCCGCAACCUGAUUGUCACCACUCACAGCCAUCAAGGUCUUGCAUGGCAUUUCAACCCACCUGGUGCCCCUCACAUGGGGGGUCUCUGGGAAGCGGGCGUCAAGAGCUUCAAGACGCAUUUCUACAAGACGGUUUCCUCCGUAAAACAUACGUUCGAGGAGCUUUCCACCCUCCUAUCAAAAAUUGAAGCGUGCCUCAAUUCGCGGCCUUUGACUCCUAUGUCAGAGGAUGUGAGCGACUUGGCGGCACUUACUCCCGGUCAUUUCCUGAUCGGGGGUCCGCUACUUCCAUGGCGGAGCCAGAGGCCAGAGAGGAUGUGGAGUCCAUCCGCAACCGCUGGCAACGGCUCAAGGCUCUCCAUCAGCAUUUCUGUGUGCGAUGGAAGAGUGAAUAUUUGA